UAUUAUGAAUUUGAUCAGCUUGUUCUACAGUACAUUAUUAUUAUUAUUAUUAUUAUUAUUAUUAUUAUUUAUUAGAAGUCCGAAUCAGAUCUUGAUUGGCCAAUGCAGGGAUAUAAUUUUUUUUUUGCUAUUGCCUGUGCCAAGAAUAUUAUAUGCAUGUACUAAGCUACAAUAUAUAUUGUGAAACAUUCCACAGUUCACACUUGGUGCAGUACACAUUGAGAAGCAUUUGAUAUACUGUAACAUGGGGCACAACAUGACAGAAAAAUUAGAAGGCAUAUGGACAUUUUUAUGUUUCAUUUAACUUAAAGAAUUGGCAGGUAUUCUCAGGGAUAUUGCAACAAUAGGCCAUUCAGUGGUCUUACAGGUCUUACAGUGACUUGGACAUUACAGGUAGUGUGGAAGAUAAAAUACUGAAACAUUAUAUUGAGAAGUUCUUUGUUUGGAUUCAGCAAUAAUGUCACAAAGUAAAUGUGUUGUCUGUAAACUUGUUAAGACGAUAAAUGUAAACUGAGUAAAGUAUGAAAUGCAGUACACUGUGGAUUGCAUAACAGUCUUGAAAGAAGUAUUUGUUAUGUCUAAAGCCUGACAUGCAAUACAUGCAACUUGCAAUCAUUCUGCCAGAAUCACUGUGGUUUCCUUAAUGUCAGUUUGCAAAAUGCAAAUGCUUUCACACUGGAUCCUUAUCUACAGUAUGUGUAAGCAAGAGAAGAGUUCAAUUUUUUUCUUUAUACAACAAGAUUGGCUUGUUGUAAUUUUUUUUUUUUUUUUGUCUUAUUUUUCUUUUCUGCCUGAUGCUUUUUGUGCAAUAUUUGGAGCAAAAUGGAGUUUUUCCUCUUUUAGAGAAUGUUUAAUGAAACAGCUUAUGUGAUAUAAUAACAGAUCCAAAUGUAGAUGAUGCCAUGGACAAUUCUUCAUAGAUAGCAAAGAUGACAUCAACCAGAUUUAGAAGACUUCCCAGUCACUGAAAAGACAUGCAGUCACCUUCACUUCUUUCACAUUAAGCCCCUGACACUGAGGAAAGCACAGACCACAUUGUUAAAACAAUUACUUCAGGAAGAGCAAACCAAACAGAUAGUGAACAAAUGCCACAGUCUACUCAUCUUCUAAUUGCUACUUCUGGUCACAUAAUGUGAUGUGCUGGUUCCAUGAACAUGACAAUGAGUUUAGUCACAGCGUGCUCCACUGGCCUUCACAGUCACCAGUUCUUAAUCUAUAAAGCACUUUGGCAUGUGGAGGAACUGCAUGCAACACAUCCGUCACAUCCGCAGCAACUGCUUGAAAGUAUCAUAUCAACAUGGACCAAACUCAAUAAGAACAAUAAGAAAGCUGAUAAUACAUUUCAAACAGACAAGAGAAGGAAGCAGAUGACAGAAGAACAGAGGGAGGAAAUGGCCAAAGAGAUUGCAACAGAAGAAAAGGGGCUUCAACAAAAAGUAAAGCAGCUAAUUCAGAGACUUCAUCUUGAGAGCUCUCUUUCCUAUAAACUGAGAGCUGCAGAUGUUCUUCAGUUAACGGCACAUUCAUUACAGUCUCAUGAGUCUUGUGCUGAGGAGGAACUGUUUCGGACCUUCCUACAAAAACUACUGAUGAUGGACUACAAAGCAAGAUACAUUAACAAAGAAUCUUUAAAAAUGGAUUACAUGCAUCAAAGACACAAUAAUUCAUCUGAAGACGAGGAUGAAGCAUUUGAUGAUAUUUUUAAAGAUUCAUGUUUUCAAGGAAAGAUACAAACAGAUUGUGUUCACUCAAUGGACGUUCAGAUGGCCGUGUUUCAUUGUGCUGAUAGUUUCCUGAAGCAGCUGAUGGUGACUAAACUGUCACAGUGUCAGUAUGCUCUGCCUCUGCUUGUACCGGAUCCAUUCACACAACACAUUGAGUUUCCUCUCUGGACAUUUAGACAAAUCAACAAGAGCUGGAAGACAUUUGAUGAUACAGGGGAAAUCAUCAGUAAAGUCCAGUCAGUCUGUAAGGCACAAACUCCAAUGGUGUGUUUCUUCAGGUUUGGAUCAGUGUCCUCAUCCAAGUCUCAGCUGAUGAACAGUCUGAUCAAUGAGAAACACAACACGUUCUUCCACAGGAACUGCCCAGGCAGCAGCAGAACCAGAGUACUGAUGGAUGGAGUGGUGGAGAUCGCCUGGUACUGCCCGUCUGGAAAAAACACAGAUAAAUGUAAUGACUGUGUGGCGUUCUGUAAUCUACAUGGUGAUGCAGGAGACCAUGAGAAACAGCUGGAGAUCCUGACGGAAAUGUCAUCAGUCAAUGUUGUUAUUCUACCACAACUUGAAAGGAAUGACAAAAGUGCAACAAAAAUCCAAAAUCUGUACAGAGACAGAAAGCCACUUACUUGCCUCCUUACUGAGGAUGAGUCUACUGUAUUUAGGAUGAGGAAUGGAAAAUACAAAAUAGGUUUGAAAGACAGAAAUCAGUCAGAUGUAUCUGAAGAACUCAGAAGAGCUAUAAAUGAUUGUCUCUCAAUCUCAUCUUCAGAAUCAACUUCUAUUUUCAGACUUGAAGAUGUGUCCAAACACUCAGAUAUCAGAGUAGAUGAAGAUGAUGAUGAAGACUGCAGGAUGGCAAAAGAAGCAGCACAGCAGAUGAUGAGAUUACUGGAGAAUAAAGAUCUGACACAAAUCAAAGAAUCAUUUCUGCCCUGUCAGGGAAAACUGUGGCAUCAGUGGUGUCAGACGAACAAAGAACUUCAUCGACCUCAAGGGAGUGAACUAGAAAGGGAAAUAAGUAGAAAACAAACAGAUAAAAAGAAAAUCCGUAAGCUACAACAUGAAUCCGAGAUGAGCGGGUUUAUGAAGUGCUUUAUCAAAGAAAUUAACUUGCAUGCUGCAAAUAAAAACAUUUAUUUUCUUAAAUGGCUCGGAAUCCUCUUGGAUGAAUACACCUCAGUUGAACUUUCUGCUCUACAUCACAAGUAUGAUGAAAUGUGGUCAAGAAUCUUAAAACUGAAAGAGAACAAUGAAAAAUCUGAGCAACUCAGGUUUGAACAAACAGAACUUGAGAAAAUAUCUGAGGAACUUCAAGCAGCAACCUUUGGUUUGGAGCACAUCCUGAGAGAGAUUGGUCAGAUCUAUGAAUCAUGUUCAUCAGUGAAGAAGAACAAGAAAGAUCUGCAGAUUCACUUCACUUCCCUCCCAAGUCUUGCAGCAGAGAUGAUGAUCUCUGGAUUUCCUCUGGAGCUGAUGGAUGGAGAUGCUGCUCAUGUUCCUCUGAUCUGGAUCUCUGCUGUUCUAGAUGAACUCAUCAGGAAACUGGGAGACCAGAGAGUGUUUGUGCUGUCAGUUUUAGGGAUUCAGAGCUCUGGGAAAUCCACCAUGCUGAAUGCCAUGUUUGGACUGCAGUUUGCCGUCAGUGCUGGCAGGUGCACCAGAGGAGCUUUCAUGCAGCUGGUCAGAGUGACAGGGGAGAUCAAAGCACAGUUGAUGUUUGACUAUAUUCUGGUGGUUGAUACUGAGGGACUUCGUGCUCUAGAACUGGCUGGAAGAUCAACAAGACAUCAUGACAAUGAAUUGGCCACAUUUGUUGUGGGUCUUGGGCAUCUGACAUUGAUAAACAUCUUUGGAGAAAACCCAUCUGAGAUGCAGGACAUUCUUCAGAUUGUUGUUCAGGCCUUCCUGAGGAUGAAGAAGGUCAGACUGAAUCCCAGCUGCAUGUUUGUGCAUCAGAAUGUUUCAGACAUCACAGCUAAAGAGAAAAACAUGGAGGGAAGGAGAAGAUUGCUGGAGAAACUGGAUGAAAUGACAAUUCUUGCUGCUAAAGAGGAAGUCUGUGAUGCAGAAAGAUUCCAAAAUGUAAUUAAUUUUGAUGUUCAAAAUGAUGUGAAAUAUUUUUCACAGCUUUGGGAGGGCAGCCCACCCAUGGCACCACCAAACCCAAUCUACUGUGAAAAUGUUCAAGAUUUAAAGGAAACUAUUCUUUCUCAUGCCUCAAAAUCAGAUGGCAUGAUGUUGACACACCUGAAACAACGUAUUCAAGAUCUCUGGGAAGCUUUGCUGAAUGAACGAUUUGUGUUCAGCUUCAGAAAUUGUCUUGAGAUUGCAGCAUACAAGAAGCUAGAGACAAAAUACUGCAAGUGGACCUGGAGUCUUCGCAGUGCAAUGCUGGAAAUUGAGAACAAGCUACACAACAAAAUAGAAAAUGAAACAAUUCAUGAGAUUCAGGAAACAGAUCUUCAAAGAGAACUGAAAGAGAAAAGUGAAGAAGUGAAAAAAUCUAUGUUGGAAUUCUUUGAGAAAGACGAAGAAAAAGAAAUUCUGAUACAGUGGAAAGCUUCAUUUGAAAUAAAAAUCAAAGAGCUUCAAGAAAACAUAGUGAGGGAAUCAAAGAGGAAAUUAAAUGAGAUUCUUCAGCAGCGAGAUCUGAAGAAAAAGAUUGAUGCUCAGAGGACACAUCAUGAAAACACUCUCUUUGAAAAGAGCAAAGAACUUGCCUUAAAACUCAAAGACAAAGCAAAUGAUGAAGAAACACUGAAGAAAGAGUUUGAUUCCUUUUGGGAAGAGUGUGUAAAGAAGAUCAUCACAGACACUCCUCAAUUCAAAGACAUUAACAUAUUAAGAGACUUGAAAGAGCUCCUCAGUGACAUCUAUAAAAGUGCUCCUGUAGACCCCAAGAGGGCAAGCAGGGAUAUUUUCCUUGUGACAAAUUUUUCAGAUUAUGUACAGUUAAAGAAAUCCAGUGGAAAAACAGGACUUGUUAUAAAUUUCUACAGAGGAGCUAAAGAGAGGCUUGGUUUUUCUCUGUCAAAAGAGGAUGAAACCCAAAUAAAAACUUUAAUUACUGAUGUAGCUCACCAAACAGACAAAAUGAUUAUGUCAUACAAUAUUGCAAAGAUGGGAUACAACAAAAGUUAUAUUCAAAAAGUCACAGAUUACAUCAUGACAAGAGUAACAGAACAUCAACAAGGACCAGUGAACUAUGUGUUCAAUAUUCAGUUCUUCAUGGAUUUGGCACUUUCCAUCUUUAAGAAAGCAAACGAGAAAUUCACUGACCAACACAAAAUGUUCAGGAAAGCAAAUGAUCCUCUUCUCUAUCUGGAAAAAAAGAAAGAGGAGUACUUCAGUAUUUUCCAGAAAUACUGUCUAGGAGCAGCAUCAACUGCCAUUUUUGGUGAGAUUAUCUGUCAGAAACUGAAAGAGCCCAUCGAACAGAGUGUCUACAAAAACACUGCCAGAGAUUUAGCAGGUGAAAUGAGAACAAACUGUGAAUCACUGAAUGGAAACAGAUCAAAAUUGGAGAAACACAUCCUGAAGACACUGGCAGAAAAAGAGAAUUUUGACAUGGACAUGAACUACAUUCUAAAUCCCAGAGAUCACUUCGAGAAUUUCAUCAGAGAUGAAGUCAGUCAGUACAUCACUGAUAAGUUCAGUGUCAGUGUUCUGCCCAAGAUGAAAAUGAACAUGAAACUCCUGCAGCAGAAGAUCAUGGAAGCAGCUCAUGAAUCUACUGAACAUGUUAAAGUGAACAGUGGAGAUGUUGAUUUGUGGUUGAAGUGUUUCACACAGAAGCUCUCAGAAAUGCUGAUAUUCUCUGAAAGAGACCUCAAUGGAGUUAGUCAUGAUAAUUUUGAUGAUGUCAACCUCAUAGAAGAUGUGAUAAGUAAAGAACUUCCUGCUGUAAUAUCUGACAUAAGCAGUAAAUUCAAUAGAGGAUCUUUUACAGUAAAUCUGGAACAUAAGGACAGGCCAGACAAGAUUCUGAUUGAUCACUUCUGUCAGUGCUGUUGGGUUCAGUGUCCUUUCUGUGCUGCCAUUUGCACCAACACAAUAGAAGACCAUGAGGGAGAUCACUGUGUUUCUUUCCAUCGAGUUAAUGGACUUAACGGGACAUACUAUAGGUAUACGACAAAUUUGUCUACUCAGAUCUGCACAACAGCAGUAGCAAAUAGUGAUCUUUCAUUUUAUCCAAAUGAAUCAGAUGAAUUAGUCCUCUGGAGAGAAUACAGAACAGCAGGUCCUCAUUUUGCUAACUGGUGCAUCACCCCUGAUGUCUCUGAACUGCCGUACUGGAAGUGGUUUGUGUGCAGAUUCCAGAAAGAUCUGGAAAAACACCAUAAUAAAACAUUCCAGGAGAGUGGAAAGAUCCCAGAUGAAUGGAGAGAAUACACAAAACAGGAAGCUAUUAAGAGCUUAGAUAAAUACAUCUAAUGAAGCAGAUUAAGAAUGAAUUAUUUCUACAGCACCUGAAUACUGUUUGGAUGCUUUUGCUCCAUGCUUUGUUCCUUUGCUUUUGUAUCUUAACCUCUAAUUUUCAUAUCAGAAGCUCAGCACAGUGCUCAAAAACCUAAUUUGUCACCAACACUAAAACAAGAGAAUUUUGUGACUGAAAUAUAACUAUAAAAUUACAUAUCCUUUCAAAGUGGUCUAUCAGACUCCUACUGCCGGUUGUUUACAUUCCUGAAACGGGACAACACAGCUGCCUUCACACAGACAGAUGACAAAGAAAGUGCCUACUUUCAGCUUGAAAUCCACUUGCUGCACAUACUGCAACAGACUUCUAUAAAAGAUUGCAGUUCUUGAAACAAAAUUACUUGCGGUCUGCCACCCCUGAAGGGACACACAGGAAAGUGUCAAUGUGGACCCCCUCAUCCUGUAGAUGGUGAGUCCUGUUAACAUAGCGUUCCCCGACAGGCUAUACUGAGCCCAGAUAAACAGCAGUAUAGGUGUCAAAAGUAACUGAUGAAAGUGAGAGCACAAACCAAUGGCAUAAACAGGGAGCUAGACCUAAAAGUGCUCGAGACAUCAGACUGUCAUGAGUAUUACAUAUUGCAGCAUUAGCAUCUUCCACCCCAGAAAUGGCUAUGACCCAGCUAACCAAAACUGAUAUUCUUCCACCCCCCAAUACAUCUUAAAUAUAGAUUUGAACCACCAAUUAAUGUGGAUGAAGAAACUGAAAGCGUGCUCAGACAUAGACCACAUCAGUCUAAAAUUGCAGCUAGCAGGUGCUCAAGAUUCAGCAGUUAGCGGUGUUCUGCUGAGAUUACAGCUGAGCCCAACACUCUGAUAGUGGGUGACUCCAUCAUUAGAAGCAUUGAUAACCGGGCUACCACUACUUGCUGCCUUCCUCAAGCAACUGUUUCUGAUGUAAAUAAGGAACUUUGGAUCAUUCUGAUGAAUCAUAAGACUGUUAACUGGGUUAUUAUUACAUGUGGGAAAAAAUAAUAUUCAGAAGGAGCAGUCAGAACUCCUUAAGAGGGAUUUCAAUGAACUCUUGGAAGAUUGAAAGUUCAUUCAUCAGUGGACCACUCCCAGCCCGAGGAACAAAUAUGUAUUCUCGGUUCUCAGCCUAAACACAUGGCUGUAUAGAACCUGCAAUAUGAGAAGACUGAACUACAUUGACAAAGUCAAACAGAACUGUUUAAAUCAGAUGGCCUUCACCCAAACAAACUUGGUGCAAAAGUGUUAAAGGACAAUAUCUACUUCUCCCUCCUUCAUCCAUCUGCAACGUACACAAAUCCACUCAACCUGGAUGGCACACAAACACCACAGCAGUGUCAGGGUGACCACAUGAUUGCACUCCAGCACCAGAAUGGAUAUUUGAUUGACAAAUCCCACAAUAACACAGCACAGCCACAACAUUCACUGUUCAGGGCCACAAUCCAGGCUAGGCCCCAUCCAUAGAGCAUACUACAGUCAGAAUGUGAUAAAUUGGAACUGUUCCAAGUUUCAGCAUCCAAGAAUGACUUCCUGGAAAAAGAGCAACCCUCCACCUCCCUCAGAGAACUCUCUGGCCAUUGCCACAAUGCUAGGGCACACAUCGUCCUUCUUCUGAUCUUGGUGUACAACAAACAUGGAAGUUGCACCAGUGGAUUUGUUGGCUUGCCAUUGCCUGCUUCACCUACCAGUGAUUGCUUUACCUGUUUUGUACCUGUUGGUUCUAUUCCUCUGUUCUUCAGUUCAAAGAGUUUUAUCACUUCACGUUUAUGAUUGUUUAUUUUUUCUGGAUAUUUGAGCCUCUGUCAUGGACACCUGCAGUCACCACAAUGGAGGGGAAAAGUUUACUCACCCUCCAUUUCUUACGCUGUUAACAGUGGACAUUUAUCUAUUGGACUUGGCAGUAGAAAAUUACUCUAGCUUUGAGGUACAGAUGCUUCAAUUAGAUUGGCUAAGCCCUGUUCUUUGUGCACUUAUUUAAGUCAAGUCAUUUUUAUUUGUAUAGCGCCUUCACCACACACAUCAUUUCAAAGCAGCUUUACAGAAAGUCAUGCAUUAACAGAAAAUGAUACCAUAAUAUCUAUAAAGUCUUAGAGUCAUCAUUGUGUAGUUUGAUUAAAUACAAUUAUGAAGUGUGUAUAAAAAUAAGUAAUUAAAUUAUAAUUGUAUUUAGAAACCCAGUGAGCAAGCCGAAGGCAACUGUGGCAAGGAACACAAAACUCCAUAAGAUGUUGGUUAAUGGAGAAACCAGACUCACUGUGGGGGCCAGUUCCCCUCUGGCUAACAGCAUGAAUAUAAUGCCAAUAUUACUUAUUUAUGUGCAGUGCAAGUCAUGGUUUAAAAUGAUUAAACUAAGUGUUAGGGGCCAGUGUUUAAACAAGACUUUGUAUGAAUGAUAAGAUUAAUGUCUAAUGUCUUUGAAGUUCAUCUUGGAUUAACUGCAGAAGUUCAUACAGAUGUAUUGUCCUUUGUUAGUUUGCUGAUAAAGGCUUUUGUUGGCAAUUUAUUGAUAGUCUAUGUAUUCCAUUUUAAGAGUGUUGUCCAUCAUUAGACCCAGGUGAUGCAGGCCGAGAUCAGUGAGGUGCUUCGCAGUUCAACCGCCCGGAAAUUUUGGUAAGGUCUAUCCUAAGUCCAAGGCUCAGGAAAUGGCAUAUGAAGUACCACAUGUCUUAUGGUUGGAGUUGGCAUCAGUUCAUCCUCUGAGGUCCAUCAUAAUAGACUGAAGUGAUGUCUGGCUGGCACCAGCUGCAUUUUGUCGUCAUCACUCAGUGACACAUAGCACUGGAGUCCGAUACCAAGCAGGAAUGGAGCUGGAUCCGGCCGGUUCUGGAUAGGAGUCCCGAGGUUGAGACAUGGAAACAAAUAGAAUAACAUUAGCGUAGAUGCAAUUAACUUUUUGCAGAGUUAUAGAUCAUGAUCAAUGUUUCAGUUUCCAGCAGACCUAACUAAAGCAGCCGAAUUUUGUGGUGAAGAAUAAAUUAGGUGUAUGUCUGGCUAAAUAGAUGAGUCUUUCAUCUAGACUUAAACUCAGUGAGUGUGUCUGCAUCCCGAACAGUGUUAGGGAGACUAUUCCAUAGUUUAGGCACCAAAUAGGAAAAGGAUCUACCUCCUUUUGUGGAUUUUGAUAUUCUAGGAACUAUUACCAUGCCAGAGUUUUGUGAUCAUAAUGAAUGUGAUGGAAUAUAGCAUGGUAGAAGAUCAUCUUAAGUACUGCGGAGCUAGACCAUUCAAAGCUUUGUAUGUUGUUAACAGAACUUUAAAAUGAAUAUGAAAUUGAACAGGUAGCCAAUGUAACGAUGAUAAAAUUGGGCUAAUAUGAUCAUAUUUCUUUGUUCUAGUUAGCACUCUGGCUGGUGCAUUUGAGCCAAUUGAAGUUUAUUUAUUGAUCUUGCUGGACAUCCUCCCAGUAAUCAUUACAAUAAUCUAGUCUUGAGGUCAUGAACGCAUGAAUUCAUUUUUCAGCAUCAGCAACAGAGAGCAUGUGUCGUAAUUUAGCAAUAUUUCUUAGGUGGAAGAAUGCUGUGCUACAGAUAAUGGAAAUUUGAUUUUCAAAUGACAUUUGAAAAAGUUCUUCGCUGUAGAAGACGAUGUAACAGUACAUCCAUUGAGAGUCAAAUUAUAUUUUUGCGGCUUAUUUUUUUUUAGAGGUUUUUGGUCCAAUAAUUAGUACCUCUGUUUUGUCAGAAUUGAGUAAAAGGACAUUUCUGGCCAUCCAAUCUUUGAUUUUAUUGAUACACUCUGCUAAUUAGGAGAAAUGUGAAAUUUCAUUGGGUUUUGAAGAAAUAUAAAGUUGGGUAUCGUCGGCAUAACAGUGGAAACUUAUUCCACGAUUCCUGAUAAUAUCUCCCAGGGGAAGCAUAUAUAAGGAGAAAAGCAGAGCCGUGUUCCCACUCUUUUCAAGGCUCAAUUUUACAGGACAUUUCCAGGACAUUUUAUGUGCCCAACAAGUGUAAAAUUUAAGGAAAAACACAUAUGUCCAUUUAAAUUGAGCUUUUAUUUUGGCGUUUCUGUUUAUGUCGGUAGUUUCUCACCUCCAGAUAAGCAGUUUGCCCCAUGGCCCGGUGUGAUUAUAAAACCCUGUAAACCUGUGAUUCAGUUUAAUAAAUACAUAGUCUGUAUGUGCUCCACACUUCAGAGUUCUCUCUGUCUCUGUCAUCUCACACACAAAAGCACACGUGAUGAUCAUGAUGAGGUGUUUUCAUUGGAUGAACGGCCGGCUCUACACGCAUCACUUACAGAUUAUUUAUUUAUUCAAUUAAAUCAGAUACUUUUUUUAUUUAAUUAUCACACUAGGACAUAUCACAAUUGUAAUUGUAUUAACUGUACAUUGAGAAAUAAAUUUUUGUCCAAAUAUGUCAUAUUCCACGACAUUCUGUGUUUUAUUGCUAAUGCCAUUUUUAUUGGAUUCUGUGUUUACCGCAUACUACAUGUAGUAACUGCGGUAUAAGCGGACUCCGAUUGUUGAUUUAUUGAAAAUUAAUUCACAUCCCGAGGUAUUAAGGCCGAAUCAC